AUGCCCGCGCCGGCGCCGGGCCCCGCAAUGAUCCCUGUCGGUGGCAAUGUCCCCGUCAUGGGAGGCAUGUCUCCCAUGCCCAAUGUCGGUAUGGGAUGCAUGGGUGGCACGAGUUGCAUGGGUCACAUGGGCACCGUCGGCAUGUACAGCAUGCAACCAGGCGGCCUAUCAUCCAACACGUAUGUGGCCAAGAGCCUGCGGCCCCUCGAUGCAGGGCGCUACUCGGCUGCGGGCCUCGUUCCGUAUUGCAAGAGGCCCGGGGGUGUCGAGUUGCUGCUCGCGCGUGAGAAGCCGUGUAACUCCUUCAUCCGCGCUCGUCAGGACACGGCGGCCAACCGCUUGAUGUCGGCAGCAGCAUCGCAAGCCCUGCCACAGCAGCUGCGUCCGGUGAAGGCUGAGUGA